AUUAGCAGAUCUUGCCGCGGCCGGACUACGCUCGAUGACAGCGGUAGCAACCUGAGAGGGACAUCCUCAGGAACGCAAGCGGCAACAGUUGCUAUGAUCAAAAUCUAGAACCAGCCAGAAUCUAGAGACCAGCGGGCGUCCAUACGAGUGCCAUUGUAAUUGGCAGUUUCACUGCCAUUGCUAAGCUGUUGCUCGACUCCAGUUGGAGUCGAGUCCUCUCAUGUCUUCUAGAGGCCCGCGGUUCCGUCCUGGAGCGCACCGUUGGCUGGGCCUUUCGAAGGACCAUUUGUGCGGGCAGAAAAAGCCACAGUGGACAAAAAGCAUGUAUCGCGGCGUCUAUAUGUUUCGCAAGCUUUUUCCAUACAGACUUGUCAAUGCUACUUUAUAAAAAAUACCCGCAGCGUCGGUAGUAGUCGGAACGCACAUUACGAUCCGUGUAGACUAAGAAUAACGAGGCAAAAACGGGAUACAUGUGCCUUCUACUAACGACUACAACAGGUACCACACGUGUUUUCUAAAAAAGGUACUCGGUUGUUCGUCUGGAUAUGUCAUAGAACCUCCUGUACGCAUGAAGAUGCUCGGCAACGGCGACUGUGCGAUCUACAAUCAAAGCAAAGGCUAUACGUGAUCCGAAAUAGUUAAUCGUGCUUAAUUUGCCUUCAGUCGUAGAAGAUCAUCGAGUUAUUAAUGUACCAUCGAAUUCUCUACGUUCCGCGUGAAUCUGACGAAUCAGAACGAGUCGCUAACUCUGUAUGACUUUCUACCCUCUAAGCCUACCCGUGACGAUCAGAGGCACCGGAACCAUUGUUGCCGUGCGACGACAGUAACAGCGAUUACCUAGCUAUUGUGCUCCCAUCGUUUCGUCGGAAACCCAUCGUUUUUGCUGGAGAGCCUCCUGUCGUGCGAGGAUGACGCCCGGUGAAAGCAACAUGCGCCCCCUAAAGAUCGUUGUCGUAGGCGACGGUACUGUGGGCAAAACGUGUCUCCUCAUCACGUACAAAACGAAUCAAUUUCCAGAUGGGCCGUAUAUUCCAACAGUAUUUGACAAUUACGCUGGAAGUCAUCAGUUGCCCCAAGGUGUUAUAAACGUAAAUCUGUGGGAUACUGCUGGUCAAGAGGACUACGAACGUCUAAGACCGCUCUCUUAUCCAGGGACGGAUGUGUUCAUCCUGUGCUUCAGCGUGAGCUCGAAAGCAUCACACGAUAAUAUUAUUCAUAAAUGGUAUCCUGAGAUUCGGCAUCACUGUUCGGAGGUGCCGUUCGUACUUGUCGGAACAAAGGCUGAUCUCCGUCGAACUGAUUUUCAUCGAUCCACUGAAAGCCUUAACCUUCACAGGCCGCAGAACAGUGAGUUCGUUAGCAAGCGGACGGCAAAGCAAACGGCGAGAAAGCUGGGUGCUCGCUGCUAUCUCGAAUGCUCCUCAAAAGAACUCCAGGGUGUUCGCGAGGUUUUCGAAGAAGCCAUCUUGGCAGUGUUAUCCCCCCGACCGAAGCGGAUCGUCCGGUGCACGUUAUUGUAAGCAGGAGUCAUAGGAAGAAACUGCACUGCGUCUACAGCCCCCUUUAGUAUGCCUUGCCAAUACCUCCUGUUUCCUUUCAUUAUUAAAAGCAGCUACCGGCCCCGUAGGCCAAAUCGCCGUUAACGAAACACCCCACCGGAACAGGAUCUGCCUUUUUCAUUCAGGACAACGUCAGGGCAAUGAAUUUGGCUCUAUAUGAAAUGAUCGCCUGAGCUUAGCGCGGUGAAUUCCAGCUGCAAUUUUAGGUUUCGUGUUUGGUUAGAACAUUAGCUAAGAUAGCUACUCGGCCUAUAUGCCUGACACAUUUAGAAGAACGUGUACCUAGACGGUUCGCAUCUCGGGGAAUGGAUUUGAGUACAAUACAUUUAUCUGUGUUUCUCAUUUUUUCAAUUGCAAAAUGAUCUAUAAUUUUACAUUCAGGCACCCUAUUACUUUCUCCAGUUGCUCUUGUCUAAUUAUUGAUAACUGUUCAAACAAUAGCUCGAAAAUAUUGAUAAAAUUGAGAUAAAGCGACGCUAGCUUUCAAUUGUCCACUCCAAGUAGCCUAGGUCAAAUAAUUAAUCAAUUUAUAACAUGAAAUUUUUACACAAGGAUGUAGGGAACGGUCGUUUCUGGACGGUUUUUCUACAUGUACCCAUUCGAGAACACGGUCCAGGCGAUCAGUAUUCGAAACAAUGUACUGUAUCUUACUAGAACGCUGCGAUUAUCGGCAGUACUUACGCAUUUAAACUUCCUCAAUCAAUCUGGGGCCGAUUAUAUCUUCUGCUCAUUAGAAGCUUGAAGUUUGUCAGUCUUUGAAAAAUGAAGAUUGCUAAUAGAAGUGUAAUCAUGAGAGAGGAAGAUCAAAUAAUUGCAUCUUUUUUUAUUGGUUAGCAUGGUUAUCACUAUUGUCCAAAAUGACACAAUUUUUAUACAACUAAUAUCCUUGUACAUUUCAUGAUAUCAUGUUAAAUAAUUACUCAUGGCACAACUAUUAUAAAUAAAUAUCAAUGAUAA